GAGCAGUAGCAGACUGAGUUGGCCUAGACAUCGACAGUGCCGGUCAGGACUUGAGACAGCAGAGCGCUAGAGAGCGCUGCAGGCUGGCAUGGCCAAACGGGACGAAACGUGUAGAAACUGCCGCCAAAUUUCCUCCUCAGAGAGAACGCACGACACCCAAAGAGACUGCCGUUUCUGCUAAAGUGUGGCCACACCCUCUGUGGAGUGUGCAUCUCAGCAGCUACCAGGAAAUCCAAAGAUGUCAUCACCUGCACGGACUGUGGGUCAAAAACUCCCUACAAUUCGUCAGAGCCGCCAGAGGAGCAGCUGGUACCGAACAUACACGUCCUGGGUCUAGUCGCUGCCCGACAUCUCAACCUCAAGUGCACCCCCAGGCAGAGUGUCUGGAACCGGUCUCUUUGGGAGGACAAGCCAAAGGAUGGUGGAUUUGAGCUGACUGAUUUUCAACCUGACGUCGAGACUGGAGGGGAGACACCCACAUGUGAUGAAUGUACCAGUAAACCAGCGGAGAAGAAAUGCAUCCAGUGCGACGGAUUCUUCUGCGACACCUGCUUCAAGAUUGUACACGCAACAGCCAACACGUUGAGAAGACACAGGGCAAUUCCUGCCUACCAGGCAGCCGUGCCUCCCCCCACUUGCUCCGUUCACUUCUCCCGGCUCUCUUACUACUGCCAGACAGACCGAGUGGCGGUUUGCCCCGACUGCAUCAUUCACUCUCACAAGGAGCACGACGUUGUGACUUUGGAAGACGCAGCCGGCACCUUUCGAAAGGAGUUUCAGGAGCUCAUCGCUGAAGCCCAGUCAGUACUCUCCGCCAUGAAAGCAAAGAAACAAGAGGUGAAGGCUAGGUUACAGGAGAUACACAAAUCAAGUCAGGCUGCCUGUCGCUCCAUGGAACAGCAAACAAGAGAGCUCUACACUCUCCUGCAAAAGAGGGAGAUGGCGCUACACAUGCAGUUGGACCAGGAUGCUGAACUUCAGGCUGCAACUUUCCUAGAGAUGGAGCUAGCACUGGAUGCUGAUAUGGAGAGAGUAAUGGAAGCACUGCUGCAGGCCAGAGACAAGAUGAAAUCUGACGUUAGAUUGCUCCAAAGCACUGUCCAGCUGCGGGAAUCGCUGCAGGCAGUAAAGGAAAUAGUCGUCAAGGAUUUGCCAAGUGUGAAGCAGAUUAGUUUCCAGUUUUCACCUGCUGUAAGAGAUGCUCUCAACGUGGCUGGGCACUUCCAGAUGUCGGCUAGCAGCUCAAGCAUCACCAUCCCCAGUGAAAGAACAACUGGUGUUGAUGCAACUGGUGAAGGAACUGUUGUUGCAACUGGUGAACAAAGUGUACCAAGUCCUACUCCUCCGCCGCCCGAGUUGCUCUCUGCUGCCCCGCCUGUUCCCGACACAAUGAGGUCUUCCUUGUCACCGCUGGCCCUCCCGUUCGCUCCUUCAUCAGGAGCUAGCAGUGUCAGUUCGUCUGCCAGGAGCAGGAGUGUUAGUAGGAGCAGGAGUCGAACGGCCACCCCCGCCCCACCUCCCCCCAAAACCGAGGAGACCGUGUCUGUGUGGGUGAGCUACGUAGAAACUCCAUCUGAGUUCUACAUCCAAUUCAAGGACAACGAGGACGACCUCCAAGCGAUGUCCCUCCAACUGAAUGAGGCGCUGAGAGACAGGAGAGAGAUGAAGAAGAGUGACAUCAAGGAGGGGAUGAUGGUAGGAGCGAUAUUCAGUAACGAUGACCUGUGGUACAGAGCUGAAGUGACUGGCUGCUACGUGAACACCUCCCCAGCCUACGUCAGUGUGGUCUAUGUUGACUACGGCAACUAUGAGAAUCUCCCCCUCAGAAGCAUCACAAAGCUGCCACCGGGAAUGGAAAGCGGCCCAUUCUACGGUCACAAGUGUCUCCUCGCAGGAAUCCAACCUCCCUCUCUCUUCUCCAACAUGGCUCCUCCUAGCUGGAGCCAAAAGGCCAUUACGCACUUCAAGAAUGCCGCGCCCCUGAGGAAGAUGAGGAGAUUAAUGUCGUUAUGAAGGAGGCGUGUCGUAAUUCCAAUGGGUACAGGGAGGUCGACCUGUUCGACAUUUCUCCCAACGGCUCUCUUCGGUCUGUGGCUCACAGGCUGGUCCAGAUCGGUCUAGCUGCCAGGUUGAAGAAACGGUCACCUCGUGACAUUCUAUCAAUACCUCCUCCUCUCCCUCUACCAAAGACUGGAUCAGUGGAGGUCGCAGUUUCAUCUCCGAGGAGUCCGAGCAGUUUCUACGUUCAACCAACAAAACAUAAAAAGGCAGCGAAGAAUAUGAUGGAGUCCUUGACAAAACGAAGAAAACAGAGAGUUUACUUCACCUACAGAGGUCUGGUGUGCAUGGCAAGCUCGAAAGCAAACAGGUUAAAGAGAGCUGUCAUUACUGACGUGAGUGGUAAAGGGGAAGAAAAGACAAUAACAGUCGAGUACGUGGACUAUGGGACCAAGGAACCGGUGAACGAAGUUUGGGAGUUGGACCACACCUACAUCACCCUUCACGCUGCACUGGCCACUCACUGCCAACUGCACACUCUUCAACCAGUCCAAGGAUCUGACUGGCCACUAGAGGUAAUUGAGCGGUUCAGAAGCGACAUGAGUGACUGUGUACUGGAGCUGAAGACAUGCGCCGAAGCAACUGCAGGAGAACCUCUGUCGGUGGAGCUGUUUGACCAGAGGACCCACCAGUCCAUCAACUCCAUGUUGGUAGUGGAAGGCCUGGCCAGGUGUGUACCGGUGGUGCAGAACCACGUCGAGAAGAAGAGGAAGAAGAAGAUGAAGAGUAACAACACGACACAGUCUGCUGUCACUCCUAACGGGAAAAUCCUCUCUGCAGCCCCUCAUCCCAGUCUCUCUCCUCUCAUCUCUCUCACAAAUAUGACCUCGUCACUUAUCCCCGGACACCCGUUGCUAAAAGCCACACCCACCUCCAUCUCCCCCAUUACUCCUCCCCUUCCCCCGCCUCACGCUAACUCCACCGAUUCACCGUUUGUCGGGCAGACUCUGGAGAUGACGGUAGUACAAGUGAACAGCCCGGGAGAAUUCUAUGUCCAAUUUCCCUCAUACCUGACAGAUAUUCAGCCUCUCCUGGCACAAUAUCAGCAGUUUCUGAACCCCAGAUCAGAGUACAGUGUGGGAGAAAUGGUCUUAGCUCCGUUCCAGGGGGAGAGGUGGUAUAGGGGGAAAGUGGACAAAAGGUUGGAGAAUGGUUUUCAAAUUUCGUACGUAGACUAUGGGAAUCAAGGUGUGGUUCCGGCCGGCGAGCUAGCUACCAUGCCGACGAACCUGGGGAGGUUUCCCCCGCAGGCACUGAAGGCAGAGUUGGCUGGGGUCCUGCCCGUGAACAGUGGUGGUGUGUGGGGCAUGGAUGCGUCUGUGUUCUUCUCAAAUCUGAUAUUAGACAAGACUGUUACAGUUCAGGCUAUUUCAACUGAAUCGAUGAAGAUCCACGUCAACGUGGACGGACGUGACGUCGGACAAGAGAUGCUCCGUACUCGAAUGGCUCGGCCAGACCCUGCCUUUCUUCCGCUCCCUCUCAGCAGCAACUCUGACACGCCCACCUCCCCUUCUCCAAACCCUCCGCCCUCUCCCCCUACUGUGUCUAUUGUGUCUCCUGGGAGUGAGAUUAACCCUGUGUCUCCGGAAGGCCCUCCACCCCCAAUUACUGUCAUGUCAAACGGCAUCUAACAUUCUACCAUCACUGAGUAUGGUAUACUAUUACGCAUAAUAUGACUGCUGAAACAUCAAACACAAUCAUCAAAUUCAUGUGCCAGAUUAUAUAAUACUGAGUAAUGUAGGCGGGUAAGCGUUGGCAUGGACAGUUUUCCUCACUGGGUUACCUCAACAUUAUCAUCUACCACAAUCAUAAAAUCCAUGUUCCA